ACUGUUGGCACUCUGGGGGUUUGGCUCUGCGCGUGGCUGCCUGAAGCCCAGAGCCGCGUCCCCCUCCGCUGCCCGGCGCGGCCCGGCGCGCACUCCGCACCAUGACGAGACUUGGGACUUGCUUGGCGACUUUGGCCGGACUUUUCCUAACUGUGGCGGGGGAGACGUUUUCAGGUGGUUGUGUCUUUGAUGAACCAUAUAGCACAUGUGGAUACAGUCAAUCUGAAGAUGAUGACUUCAACUGGGAGCAAGUAAACACUUUGACCAAACCAACUUCUGAUCCAUGGAUGCCAUCAGGUUCCUUCAUGCUGGUGAACACAUCUGGAAGACCUGAGGGGCAGAGAACUCACCUGCUCUUACCUCAGCUCAAAGAAAAUGACACCCACUGCAUUGAUUUUCACUAUUUUGUAUCCAGCAAGAGUAAUGCUGCUCCAGGGUUACUUAAUGUCUAUGUGAAGGUCAAUAAUGGGCCCUUAGGGAAUCCUAUCUGGAAUAUAUCUGGAGACCCUACACGCACAUGGAACAGAGCAGAACUGGCCAUUAGUACAUUCUGGCCUAACUUUUAUCAGGUAAUUUUUGAAGUGGUUACGUCUGGACAUCAAGGCUACCUUGCAAUUGAUGAAGUGAAGGUGUUAGGACAUCCAUGUACCAGAACUCCCCAUUUCCUGCGGAUUCAGAAUGUGGAGGUGAAUGCUGGCCAGUUUGCCACCUUUCAGUGCAGUGCCAUCGGCAGGACUGUGGCAAGCGACAGGCUUUGGCUACAGGGCAUUGAUGUCCAAGAUGCUCCACUGAAGGAAAUAAAGGUGACUAGUUCCAGAAGAUUCAUAGCUUCAUUUAAUGUGGUGAAUACCACUAAACGAGAUGCUGGGAAGUACCGCUGCAUGAUUCGCACAGAAGGAGGUGUUGGGAUAUCAAACUAUGCAGAAUUGGUAGUUAAAGAACCACCAGUUCCCAUUGCCCCACCUCAGCUUGCUUCUGUAGGAGCAACCUACUUAUGGAUACAGCUCAAUGCCAACUCCAUCAAUGGGGAUGGGCCCAUUGUGGCCCGAGAGGUGGAAUACUGCACAGCGAGUGGGAGCUGGAAUGACCGGCAGCCAGUGGAUUCCACCAGUUACAAAAUUGGGCACCUUGACCCAGAUACAGAAUAUGAGAUUAGUGUACUCCUCACCAGACCAGGAGAGGGUGGCACGGGAUCUCCUGGACCAGCUCUCAGGACAAGGACAAAGUGUGCUGAUCCCAUGCGUGGCCCCAGAAAGCUGGAAGUAGUAGAGGUCAAAUCUCGACAAAUCACCAUCCGGUGGGAGCCAUUUGGAUACAAUGUAACUCGUUGUCAUAGUUACAACCUCACCGUUCACUACUGUUACCAAGUUGGAGGACAAGAGCAAGUGAGAGAAGAAGUAAGCUGGGAUACAGAUAAUUCCCACCCUCAGCACACAAUCACUAACCUGUCACCCUACACCAACGUCAGCGUGAAGCUCAUCCUCAUGAAUCCUGAGGGGCGGAAGGAAAGUCAAGAACUCAUAGUGCAGACAGAUGAAGAUGUCCCGGGUGCUGUUCCUACUGAGUCCAUCCAAGGAAGUACCUUUGAAGAGAAGAUAUUUCUUCAGUGGAGAGAACCAACUCAAACAUAUGGUGUCAUCACUUUAUAUGAGAUUGUCUACAAAGCAGUCAGUUCAUUUGAUCCAGAAAUAGAUUUAUCCAAUCAAAGUGGAAGAGUUUCAAAACUAGGAAACGAAACUCACUUUCUGUUUUUUGGACUGUAUCCGGGAACCACAUAUUCCUUUACCAUCCAGGCAAGCACAGCAAAGGGCUUUGGACCUCCUGCAACAAACCAGUUCACAACCAAAAUAUCAGCACCGUCUAUGCCAGCUUAUGAACUUGAGACACCUUUAAAUCAAACAGACAACACAGUGACAGUCCUGCUGAAACCUGCACAGAGCAGAGGCGCACCUGUCAGUGUCUAUCAAAUAGUUGUUGAGGAAGAGCGUCCUCGAAGAACUAAGAAGACAACAGAAAUCUUAAAGUGCUACCCAGUGCCCAUUCACUUCCAGAAUGCAUCCAUAUUGAACUCACAGUACUACUUUGCUGCUGAAUUUCCAGCAGACAGCCUCCAAGCUGCUCAGCCUUUCACAAUUGGUGAUAAUAAGACAUACAAUGGAUAUUGGAACACCCCCCUCCUUCCCCAUAAAAGCUACAGAAUUUAUUUCCAAGCUGCUAGUAGAGCCAAUGGGGAAACCAAAAUUGACUGUGUCAGAGUGGCCACAAAAGGAGCUGCCACUCCAAAACCAGUCCCAGAACCAGAGAAACAAACAGACCAUACAGUUAAAAUUGCUGGAGUCAUUGCUGGCAUCCUGCUGUUCGUUAUCAUAUUUCUUGGAGUUGUGUUGGUAAUGAAGAAAAGGAAACUGGCCAAGAAGCGGAAGGAAACAAUGAGCAGCACACGGCAGGAAAUGACAGUGAUGGUGAAUUCCAUGGACAAGAGCUAUGCCGAGCAAGGCACCAACUGUGACGAAGCCUUUUCAUUCAUGGACACACACAAUCUCAAUGGGAGAUCUGUGUCUUCACCAUCAUCAUUUACAAUGAAAACUAACACACUGAGCACGUCGGUGCCUAAUUCCUACUACCCAGACGAGACCCACACGAUGGCCAGUGAGACCAGCAGCCUGGUGCAGUCCCACACUUACAAGAAACGUGAGACGACAGAUGUACCCUACCAGACUGGGCAGCUUCAUCCUGCCAUCCGCGUGGCAGACCUCCUACAACACAUCACACAGAUGAAGUGUGCUGAGGGCUAUGGCUUCAAGGAGGAAUAUGAGAGCUUCUUUGAAGGGCAGUCUGCACCAUGGGAUUCUGCUAAGAAAGAUGAGAACAGAAUGAAGAACAGAUAUGGGAAUAUCAUUGCAUAUGAUCAUUCUCGAGUGAGGCUUCAGACAAUAGAAGGAGACACCAACUCAGACUACAUCAAUGGAAAUUAUAUCGAUGGCUAUCAUCGACCCAAUCAUUAUAUUGCCACCCAAGGGCCCAUGCAAGAGACGGUCUAUGACUUCUGGCGGAUGGUAUGGCACGAGAACACAGCAAGCAUAAUAAUGGUGACCAACCUCGUGGAAGUGGGAAGGGUCAAAUGCUGUAAAUACUGGCCAGAUGAUACAGAGAUAUAUAAAGACAUUAAAGUUACUCUAAUAGAAACAGAACUACUGGCAGAAUAUGUGAUAAGAACAUUUGCGGUUGAGAAGGGAGGGGCCGGAGGUGAAGCAAACUGCAGUCCAUCCAGAGAAGUGCCACAGAGAGGUGUUCAUGAAAUCCGAGAGAUCAGACAAUUUCACUUCACUGGCUGGCCGGAUCAUGGGGUUCCCUACCAUGCCACUGGCCUAUUGGGAUUUGUCCGGCAGGUCAAAUCCAAGAGUCCACCCAAUGCAGGCCCAUUGGUAGUCCACUGCAGUGCUGGUGCAGGAAGGACUGGCUGCUUCAUUGUCAUUGAUAUCAUGUUGGACAUGGCUGAAAGGGAAGGGGUGGUGGACAUCUAUAACUGUGUGCGGGAGCUGCGGUCACGGAGAGUGAACAUGGUGCAGACAGAGGAGCAGUAUGUGUUUAUCCAUGAUGCAAUCCUGGAAGCCUGUCUUUGCGGAGACACCUCCAUCCCUGCUUCCCAAGUUAGAUCUCUGUACUAUGACAUGAACAAACUGGACCCACAGACAAACUCAAGCCAGAUUAAAGAGGAAUUUAGGACCUUGAACAUGGUGACACCAACACUGCGUGUGGAGGACUGCAGCAUUGCACUCCUACCACGGAAUCAUGAGAAAAACCGGUGCAUGGACAUCCUGCCCCCAGACCGCUGCCUGCCCUUCCUCAUCACCAUCGAUGGCGAGAGCAGCAACUACAUCAAUGCUGCCCUCAUGGACAGCUAUAAACAGCCUUCAGCUUUUAUCGUCACCCAGCAUCCUUUGCCAAACACAGUCAAAGAUUUCUGGAGACUGGUCUUGGACUAUCACUGCACUUCGGUAGUUAUGCUCAAUGAUGUGGAUCCUGCCCAGUUGUGUCCACAAUACUGGCCUGAAAAUGGAGUCCACAGGCAUGGGCCCAUCCAGGUGGAAUUUGUGUCUGCAGACUUAGAAGAAGACAUCAUCAGCAGAAUAUUCCGGAUUUAUAAUGCUGCCCGACCUCAAGAUGGAUAUCGGAUGGUACAGCAGUUCCAGUUCCUGGGCUGGCCAAUGUACAGGGACACACCAGUUUCCAAGCGUUCCUUCCUGAAACUCAUUCGCCAAGUAGACAAGUGGCAGGAAGAAUACAACGGUGGGGAGGGCCGUACAGUCGUGCACUGCUUGAAUGGAGGAGGCCGCAGUGGCACAUUUUGCGCCAUCAGCAUUGUCUGUGAGAUGCUUCGACACCAGAGAACUGUGGAUGUCUUCCAUGCUGUGAAGACACUAAGGAACAACAAGCCCAAUAUGGUGGACCUUCUGGAUCAAUACAAGUUCUGCUAUGAGGUGGCUCUGGAAUACUUGAAUUCUGGCUAAUGGCAUCCACAGCUCUGCACAGAAACCUUUCCUGCCACAAUGCCAAGAUGUCUGAUGGUAUUUGUGUAGAUGAGAUGACAAUUUCUCAGUAUGCUUAUUUUGCUUUGCAUAAUUGGCUCUUUUUAAGAGCCCCAGAAAGUGUUUAUAAAACUGCUUGCACUGCCCAAUUCCCAGUAGUGCUGCUGCCUGACAGAAACACACACAGCGCACAGUCGUCAGACACUGUAUUCCUCAUCACAGGCCUGUGAGCACGGUGGAGACAUCUGGUCAACUGAAGAGCACAAUUAUAUUCUUAUGAAGGAAUUUGUACUUUUGGGAUAUUUUUUUGUGGCCCGUGAUCCUUUGUCAUUGUUACAGCUGAGUGUAUGUUUUUGUUCUGUGGAGAAUGCUACCUGGCAUUAUGAUAAUAUAUUAUUUUUAGUUAAUAUUUGUAUUUUAACAUGUCACAUAAGCUUCUGUAGCUUUUCCAGGACUAACAGAUAAACAUGUACUGAACAAAGAUAUGUUCGAUGAGUGGUCGUUUCUACCAGAUUUGUAUUGUUUCCAAGGGAAAAGCUUGGGAGGACUCAGUUCAGAAAUGCAACAUGGUCAGAUUUACAGAUCCAAAGCUUUUUCCAUUUGUUUAUAUUGUAAAUACUUUUUGAUUUCAUCAAAUUAUUUAUUCAUUAAAAAAUUUUUGUGAA